CUCAAAUGCUAACCUGGAGUCAGCUGCACUUCGAGCUUGACACACAAGCACCCUAGCCUUUGUCAUUGCUAUCUGAGCUAUGUACUACAAAGCAUUAUGUUGAAGUCAAUGCGGGAACCAAAAACGAUGGGUCGAUAAGAAAGUUGUCCGUGGCGAGCUUAUCCGGCUGGCCAAACCCGGGCAAUCAUAAAGCCCAUAAUGCAGCCGGAUACUGAAGUAAUUUCUGGCGGCUUCAGAUGGGAGUCCAGCAACAUCAAGAUUGCUGCGGACGUGCCGCCGGAGCUGCUGGAGGUGCAGCAGCAGCCGGCGCGGCGCGGGCAGAAGCCGUUGGUGCAAGGCAUCCCGAUUCCGCCGCUGAACCUCAAAGCCAAGGAGCUGCAGCAGCAGCCAGCACUGGACCCAUGGGAACACGCCGAGCUGCACCAGCAGCAGCUACAGUCAAACCAGCAGCCACAGCCCGGCGGCAGUAGCAGCCGAGCCGCUGGCGCACCCGCCGGCGUGCCGCCGCUGCCGCCCAGCGCACGCACCGGCACGCCUCCUCGCACGCCGCGCACACCGCGCACGCCCGGCGGCGGUGGCACCGCCCGCAGUGGCACGGCCGGCAGCGCCCGCGGCGGCGACCUCGCAGGCACGCCGGCGUCGCGCAGCGGCAGCCGCGGCCGCCAGCGCUACGGAGCCUGGUACGUGCCGCCCAAGGAGUGGGCCAACGUGUUCGGCGCGGACGCCAGCGGCGCCGCAGGCGCCGCCGCCGCCGCCGCAGGCGCGGCCGUCGGCGGCAGCCGGGGCGGCAGCCCCCGCCGCGCCGGAGGCGGCGGCAGCGGCACGGGCAUGGCGCAGACUGGCGGCGAGGCUGCUGCUGCAUUAGCGGGCGGCCGUGAGUUGGACCACUUGGCGGUGGAGCUGGGUGCCAGCUACACGGCACGUGUGUACAAGGACUACCUGGCGGCGCAGGGCUUGAGGCCGCCGGCGGUGCUGGAGCGGGCGGGCACGCCCACGGAGGAGCAGAUCCAGGCGCGGCAGAUGGAGAUCGCGCGGGCCGAGCAGCUCAGGCGCGAGCAGGAGCGCCGCAACGCGGCGGAGGCCUGGCUGCCGGGUGGCGGCGGAGGGGGAGGGGGAGGGGGAGGAAGCGGAGGUGUGAGCUCUCGUCUAGCGUUGGACGGGCUGAUUGCGGCGCGGGCGGCGGCGCUGAAUGACCAGGCCGGGGCCGGCAGCGCAGGCGGUGGCCCGCGGUCGGCGAGGAGUGCUGGCGGCGCGCGGCCGUGGCCUGCCGGCGGGUCCAGCCCGCGGCGCGACAUCAUGCCGACGGCUAUGUCCACGGCCAUGCAACCAGUGGCGGCGGCCCAAGCGGCGGCGGCGGCGGCGGUGCCAGUGGCGACGCCAACGCCAGCGCCAGCGGCGGCGGCUCAGGCUGGCGGCGCGUCUCGCUCGGGCAGCUCUCAGGCCGCGCGUGGAAGCGCCUCACAGGUGGCAGUCAGCGCCCCGUCACCAGCGGCAAGGGCGGAGGGCAGCGCCAGCGCUAGCGAAGGGCAAGCCGGGUCUGCCGCGCCAGCGGAAGCAUCGCCCUUGGUCACGUCGACGGGCGCCACGGAGGCGGGCGAAGCCGCCGCCGCCGCCUCUGCGCCCGCCAGCGCGCCCGCCACGGACCGCCCAAUCAGCCAGGAGAGCGCCGUGACCAACGGCAGUUGGAACAACGGUUCAGAGGAUUACUUCAGUGCGGCGGCGGCGGCGGCCGCCGCCUCCACCAGCGGUGGAGUGGAGGUAUCGGCGGAGUCGCUGACCCUGUCUGCCAUGGUGGCAAUGACGGCGGCGGUGGCGGCGACGUCUCAGGGCCCGCGCGGCUCGGACUGGGUGGAGACACUUGAUGAAGUGAUGGCGCCGGCGCUGAGGGCCAAGAUCCGACAGAUGCUGGGGGCGCAGGACGCCAUGAUAGCGCACCGGGCGCGCAUGCGGGCGUACGAACAGGAGCGAGCACGCCUCUCCCGCGCCCUAGGCGGAGCCGGCGGCCUGACUGAGUCGGGCGUGCGUGCACUGUUGACGCUCGCGGCCCCUCCGGGCCGCCGCGGCGGCGCUGCCGUGUCGGCACUUGUGCCGUCCACGCAGGCGCCGCUGCCCAGCGAGCCCAGCAGCCCGUCUACGAUGCGGCCGCAGACGUCGUGUCGCUCGCCCAAGCGCGUGCAGCUCUACACCGGCAGCGGCGGCGGCGCAGCCGACGGUGACACGUACAGCGGCGCACUGCCGGAGCCCGCGUCGCCGUCGGCGAUGGGUGGUGCCGCCACCGCCGGCGCCGGCGGCCUGGCGGCGCAGGCGUCUAGCAGCUCUGUGUUUGGGCUGGCGGGCAGCGGCCUGCCGCCGUCGCCAUCGCGUGCAUCGAACGCGGCGGCGGUGCGGCGGGUGGCGGUGGCGGCGCCGCCGGGCGUGCCCGCCCCCACGGCGGACCUGGAGCAGGCGCGGCGGCGCAUGCGGGCGCUGCCAGGCACCUUGUACGACCUGACGGCGCUGCAGCUGCUGGUAGAGAAGCUGCCCAACACCACACGCGCUGAGCGGGGCACAGACCGCACGCGAAACAGCGUCAACGGCCCGCCCACCGCCCGGACGUCGCCGCCGCCGCCAGCGCUGGCGCGCAGCGCUAGUGGGCGUUACGGCCACGUGCUGCCGCCGCGCGCCACCAGCCCAAUCAGCAGCCUGGCGGCGCGCGGUGUCGGCGGCGGCGGCGGUGUCGUUGGCGGCGCCGCCGCCGCCUGGGGUGAGUCGGUGGCGCAUGCGGCUCUGGCCGGCUUCCCCAGCGGCGCCGCGGCAGCGCUGCUGUCGGGCACUGGCCCCGGAUCACCGCAACGGCAGCAGGCGCGCGCUCGGGCUGCGUCGCCGCUGGGACAGCGUGCGCGCUCCCCCAGCCCCACGCACCUGGCGGCGGCGUCCGCCGCAGCCGCCGCCAACGUCGGCGCCGGGCGGAGCCGGAGCAGCAGCCCUCGGCCCUUUUCCAAGGAGCCUUCGAUGGCGAUGCUGCUGCCGCCGGCGCCGGCGCUGCCGCAGGCGCUGUUCGCGCCGCCGCCCGCCAUCGCCGCCUCGAGCAGCGUGGCCGGCGGGCUGGGGGGCUCGGGCUCGGAGCCAGACGUGCCGCUGGCAGUGCAGGUGAUGAUGGAGCUGACGCCCGGAGCCGGUGGAGCAGCAAGUGGAGGCGGCGGUGGCGGUGGCGGUGGCGGUGGCGGUGGCGGGCUGGGCCUCAGCAGCAGUGUAGCGUCGCUGGCGCCGUUGAAACACGCGUCGUCUCACAGCGCCCGCCAGCUGCGGGCGUCUGAUGGUGCCGCCGCCUACAACCUCCGCGGCAGCGCCAGCGCCGGCGCAACGCAGGCACAGCUAUUGAUGCCGCGUGACGCACAGGUGCCGGCGCGUCACGCCGCCGCCGCGACCGUGUUCGCGCCGUCGACGCCGGAGCUGGAUGCGGCGAUUCAGCUGGCGGCGGAUGCGGUCCUGGCAGUGCUGGGCAGGGAGGCGUCCGAGCUACUUGCCGGCAAGCCCCGUCCCGGUCAGGAGGCACAGGGAAGCGGUGGCGACUUCGCCGAUGCAGACGCGGAGGCAGCAGCCGCAGCCGUAGCGGCGGCGGCGGAUGCUGCCAGCAGGCUCCUGCGCGGGCGCUACCAACUCCCGCCUGAAAACUCCCUACCGGCGCGCCUGAGCGGCCCGGCGGCGGCGGCGCGCGACGGUGGCGGCGCGCACAGCUUCGCGCCCGGCCAGGUCGCCGCCUUCGCCGGCCCUGCCGCGCCGCCGGUGCAGGUCAACCCGCCGCCGGCGCCACCGGCUGUGUCGGCGGCGCUGCGCGGCGUGCUCAGCAACGCACAACUGCCCGGGCUGCCCUCGGAGCGGAACUACUUGGCCAUCAGCGCCGCCAGCACCCCGGGGCGCAUGCAGGCGCCGCCGCCGCCGUCCGGCCCCGCGGCGGACCUGUACGCGAUGGGGCUGCUGCCAAACCCCUCGCUCGUGCGGUGUGCCAUGGCCGCCCCGGCCGCGUCAGGCCGAAGCGGAGGUGGAGGUGGAGGCGGAGGCCGGAAGAAGGGAGGGGGAGCAGGAGGAGGCGGUGGAGGUGGAGGCGGGGCGGGCAGCCGUGGAGGGAGUGGUGGAGCGGGCGCGAGGGCCGGGCCGCUGGCGGCGCUGCCGCUGGCGGCGCUGCCUGCGGGGCAUCGGCUGCCCCCCGCGGCCUUCAGCAGCUCGUUGCCGGCGUCGCCACACCUGCGCCAGUACCAGCCGCACCACCCGCACCUGCAGCCCAUCGCGGUGCAGCAGAAACAGCAGCAACAGCAACAGCAGCAGAUGCAGAUGCAGGCCCGCGGCGCCGCCGCCCUCUCCUCCACCGCCCCGCCUGGUGCCUUUGUAGCGAACGCCGCCACCAUGGCCGUGCACAGCCACAGCCACUCCUCCCACGCCUUCCUGCCCUCAGCCGCCGCACCGGACCUGUACGUGCCCACGCCCGCCUCGACGGCCUCGGUGGGACUCAUCCCCCCGCCCACACGCCAGCCGCCGCCCGCGCACCUGCUGCUCAGCUCCGGCCAUGCGCACCACCUGCAGCAGCUCAUCCGCGACCUCGACCCCAACGCCGCGACCUCGCCCUCCGUCGAUAACUCCCUGAGCGGCGUUGCGUCCCAAGGCACCGCCUACGCCUACCCGCACGGCACCACGCCGCCCGGGGUCCUGGCCGUGCCCGCCUCACCCACCUUCUCCGCAGCUUCCUACUCCCUCCCCUCCUACUCCGCACCCGCCAGCCCGGCCGCCGGCACCACCGCCUCCGGCGGCGCGGGUCGCAGCCGCUCGCCGCAGCCGCUGGCGUACGUGCACACGGCGCCGCACGCUGCGCCGGGCUCGCCGACGCGGCGGGCGGACGCGGCGGAGGCGGCGGCGAUGGCGGCUCGGUCGCGGCUGGGGCGGUCGGGCCCUCUUGACCUGCAGCACAUGCUGGGCGUGGACGUGCCGCCCAUGAUCCUGCAGGCCCGGUGAUCGGGUGAUCGGGUGAUGGAUCAGGCCAAGUGGCGCCGCGGCCCGGGGCGUGGUGGACUGGAGGAGGUACGGGUAGCUGUGGAUGCAGGGUUGGUGCCUGAUGGCGGGGCAGGUACCUGUGUGUCAUUAGGAAGGCGUGUAGGCAUGGCGCAGACUGGAGCGGCUUCGGGCGCCCCAGGGCAGGGCAAGUUGGCUCAUGCAGUGCGCUGCAUGAUCAGAAGCAGGAUGGUUGUAUAGGAAGUCUGUGUCUGUGAAACCGCACUACGAUGCUCGUGUUUCUUUUGAAUACAGCUGGAGGCACAGUACUGCACUGCAACAGGACAGCGA